GCGCCACAGCACAGCUGAACGGCAAUCCUUCACACGACACGGUCGAGUAUGGAAGUGCAAGCGCUAUCGCUUCAAAGCAGUCUAUCCAAUCGGUACAAAACUAUUGUUACGAACAGUUCGAGCAAAGUUCAGGCAUAUUGUUACCCUCAGCAGCUGGCAACAAUUGACAGGUUGAACAAUAGCCGCAAAGUGUGUGAUAUCAAGUGGAAAAAAGUAAAAACGCAUCAACAAGCACUGACAGAUAAGGCAAGGUGCUAAGCAGAUACAAAGCAAAUUUGCGUAACACAGCAAAAUAAAUGGGUGUCUGUGAAAAGUGUCACGGAAAUCAGCGGACUGUGAUUCGACAAGACAGACAACAGAGCGGUGGAAAGUCGAAUAAAAAUUACAAAACAGCUUUUGUUAUUUGAUCUCGACUGUGGAAGAAAGUGUACAACCGAGACCGAGAGUGAUAAGGUUGAGCAAACGUUUUUGUGUGAUACACAAUCCCAUCAUUGAGCUGAUUAGUAGGUGCUUGACACGAUAAGAUCUACACAGAGCGACAAACAAGUUGGGUUUCUUUGUGCACGAUUUACCAAGACGAUUCGGUCAAUAAAAGUUGAUAACGCGUCGAGAAUUGUCUAGCUUCUAGAAACUCAUCAGUGAAAAGGUGCCUAAAUAGCCAGCCGGUACAGAAUGUGGUGUCUAAUUAAUUUGCCUAAUGGCACCACUUCCGGGGUACAGUGUGACCCUAAGGGGAACAGUCAGCAGUGUUUGGAAAAGGUAUGCAACGACCUUGGCAUCAUUUGCGAGACCGACUAUUUCGGACUGAUCCCGGUGCGCGACGGAGACAGCGCAGAGGUCGAUGAGUGCAGUGCCAAACAGUGGAUCAAUCUACGCAACCAGCUGAGUCUCCAUGCGAACGAUCGCAAUCAUCCGAUUCAGUUAUCGCUACGUGUCAAGUUCUGGGUACCGGCUCAUUUGAUCUUACAGGAGAGCGUUCGACGUCUGUUCUAUAUGCAAGCACGACAGGAGCUUCUAGAUGGCCAUCUAAGUGCCGCCAGUUGGGUAAAUGCUUCGCACUUAUCUGCACUAUUGCUCCAAGCGGAUGGUUACAAAUACGAUCCCGAUAAGGUGACCGCCGAUCUAAUGGCAAACAACACGAUCAAUCGUCGCCAAUCGCGGCGUCCAUCAAAGCGGAAGUGUUCAGAAGCAGACGUUAAACGGACCAGCAUCUCUCAGACGGGACCAGUUUACGAUCUGGAGGAAGAAACGAAACCAAAGAGCCUAUACCAGAGCUACAUAGUCAGACCGACAUUCGAAGAUGUCGAGCCGGAACCAAUGCCGGAGAACUUCAUCGAGAUGAUCGCCAAAGAGCAUGAAACUCUCACCAGAAUCAAAAUGACCCCGACCUCUGCACAAUACUGGUUGCUAGAAGAAAUUUCUUCACUCAAUGGUUACGGGGAAGAGGUCUUUGAAGGUAUGACCAUUAGCGAGCCAUCGGUGCGGUGCAAGAUCGGCGUUAGUCCGCAUGGUUUAUCAAUCUCAAAAGAGGAUGAAAAAUACAGUAUUCCCUUUACGGCUGUGAAAUCGGCGAAAUCGAUCAGGCGAUCGUUCCGGCUAACCUACGUGAACGAAGAGCAUGAGGAGACAAACGUCGAGCUGAAGCUACUGAAUCACCGCUCGGCUGCGUCCCUCUACCGGGCCGUCACCGAGAAGCACGUGUUCUACUCGUGUGAGACGGUUCGACCCGUCGUUACCACUCAGUUUAUUCGUGAUCUCAAAGGAACUAUAGUGUCGAUGUUUAACGAAGAUACCGAGCUUGGCAAGCGAUACGUUUUUGAUAUUCAGCGAACGUGCCGCGAGGUGUACGAUAACUCCCGGAGAAUUUUGCAUGCUCGUGGAAUAGAAAUCAGCAAGGUGCAGCAGCAGUGUCCACAGGCACAGGCAGAGGAGCUCGAGCAAAGACUUACUGAGGAAGCGGAAGAGAGCAGCAAGUUGGAAAGGCUUGUCGAGGAACGAAUUGCCGAGGCGGUUACCUGUAUAAUUUGCGCAGAUAAUAUGAUAGAUACGAUGUUCCUACCCUGCGGUCACAUUGCUGCUUGCCGCCAAUGUGCAGAACAGUGCGAUCGCUGCCCACUCUGCCGAGCGGAUAUCGACUGUGUGAAUAAGGCAUUUCUUCCGCAAGUUCUGCGAACUAGGAACCAAUCAGCUACGGUUCAGUGAAUUCGAGCAGUAAUCACAUUACCAUUAGCCUUUAAGACCCAAGCACGCAUCUAACCUCUCUGAUUAAAUACUACAAAUUAUAACCACGAGCUAUGCCACUUUUGCGAUUAUCGCUAACAAUCGUAAGUUUGAUAAAUAGAUUUAGUUUUUUUUUCGGUGAUUUUCGUUACAAACUAUGCAAAAAACAGCAACAAAAAACAAAUGCAAACAAAGGUGAUAUUUACUUUUAGUUAGUUUAAUUUGUGCCCAGCAAGGCAUUAAAAACCGAGAACACGACAGAACGUUAAUAUCAAUAAUACGUAUAGUAGUCAUAUAUCAAUGCAAAUGUAUAACCAUCUAGUGAUCGGAAAGUUUGAGUGAAGCGAAUAUCUUUAAGAGGAAGUAUUUUUCGUUAAGUAUUUUUGUAUACCCCGAGUUUUACCUAUUAGACAUCCCAAUGUCGAUUAAUCAUCAUUGUAUGAUAUGUAAGUGUAAGAUUAUCAAUCAAAUGAAACAAUUUUAAUUCAUUGUUAUUAAACAGAAAUUAUGAAAGUAAUAA